AUGAAUAAAAAUAAACUGAUUCAUGAUUUCCUGGAGGGUGUUUCAAGAGGUGAUGUGGAACUCAUCAGCAGCCAUAUUUCUAAAGUUCAUUCCAUUCUUGGAAACUUAGACUUUCAGCACCCCACAACUGGGAAUACUGCUCUCAUUACUGCUGCAGAAAGAAAUUUAAUAGAGACAGCUGUCCACAUAGCUAACAAUGCUGUCCAAAGACAACUUCUCCUGGCCAUCAAUGGAACUCGUGCUCCUUAUUUGCGAUUGCUACAAAUUUCCUGGCAAGGUGACCUGCAGGAACUUCAGCACUUGCUGGCAUCAGAAAAAUCCCUGGAUAUAAAUUUCCCAAAUCAACAUGGAUUGACCCCUCUGAUGCUGGCAGUGAGAGAUGUUGACCUCUUUGAAAGCCUUGAUAUGUUAACAGACUAUAGACCCAUAGAACUUCUUUCAGAACUUCUCAAGCAUAAUGCAGAUCCCAAGCUCUGUGAUGUCAAUGGAAAAUCAGCAAUGCAUUAUGUAUCACAAAUAAAAAGUUCAAAGAAGCAACAAUUACUAGACAUACUGAUGAAUUCUUUACCCAGACCAGAACAACAUCCUGAAUCCUUGCUUGACAUUUGUUACUAUGCAGAUCCUUCUGAAUCUGAGAUGGUGAUGACUGCCAAAAGCCAAAACAUCAUCUUGCAAAGCAUUAGCAGCAGCGAGGAGUCUGACUAUGAUGAAGAUUUUAGUCAUUCUACAUGGAGCAGUGAAGAUGAAAGCCCACAUGAGGAUGUACAGGAUUAUGGAAAUAAGACAAAAGGUGAUGAAAUUAUUAUUACUUUUCAAAGAGAAGACAGCAGUCCCAAACAAAUGAGCAAAGUUGACAAUGAUUUUGAAGUACACAAUUGGGCUUGGGGAGGCACUGUCCGAAGUUUCAGGCUUUUUGAUGCUACUGUUUUCACAGCCAGUUCUGGGUUGUCCAACCUGCUUCCUGGGCUGAGAGAUCCUGCAGCUACUCCUGUGACCAUAGCCAUCGCCUGUGUGGAUUCUGAACGAGCCUCUCUCCUGGUGUCCCAGACAUAUCCUGCAGACUUCCCAAAUGCUCUUAGUCAGACAACAUCAAUGCACAAAAAGUGGGCAAGCGAACGAUCUCUUUCUCUUCCAAAUGAAACUGAGAUGGUGGAAUUUAAAAUCAGGCAACAGACUCUAUUCCCUUUCCUUCUCAAGAAAGAGGAAAGCUUAAAAGAGCUUCCUGGUGCUGACCUGGAUUUUCCGGUGCCAAAACAUUGCUCAGAACCUAAUGUUUCCCAGUCUGUGAUGGGUAAGAACACCUUCGGGGUGACGAAGGAGAGUUUUCGACACACUAAAUCUGAUGGUGAGUUUAAUGAUAGACUCAUUCCAAAUGUUUUCUUGAUAACAUUUUUCCUUCUGGGGGCUUCCAUUUCUGAAGCCAAUGUUUCUGGAAGCACCGAUCCAAUCUUGUUACCAUAUCUGGAACCAUUCUGGAAGACACUGUAUUAUCAGCACUUGCAAGCCUUCCAGAGCAUUACCAUGUUCAAAAGGCCUAUAUUGGAAGAAAGGAAACACAAAAGGAAAGGUUUUACCACACAUGCUGUCAGACUUAGUAGCCAAAGAACUGAGUUUCCCUUACCACAACUAUCAUUCUUGUCUACUGGAUCAAGUCAACUUGUUCUUCUAGAAAAUAACAAGCUUCUUAAAAAAACAGAAAGACAUUUUACAAGCACUCCAAGUCUUAUGCCUGGUCUCAUAGAACCCACCAGUCGGUCUAAUGGUUUUCAGUCAUUGAAUAAGUUGCAACAAACCCAAUCUAAAGUCUUUGUGAACCAUAGUAUCAGAACAUCUGAUGGUUACAAUUCCAUUUGGUCUAGGAAUAUGUGCUCUUUUCAGAAGAAUCAUUGGCAUUCAUUAGGUGAAGACUUGAGAGAGCAUGUGGAAAGGGAAGGAAAUCUCAAUCAUAGGAAAGUUGAAGAUGGUACCCAACUUGAAGACUCUCACUUUCAAAAAGAUCAGUUGUGGGUAUCCAUUGAGAAUGAGGACAUUUUUAAAGAAGACAACAUCUCCAAAGACAAAGAGAUUGCUCUCCAUGAUGGAGGAAUAAGACAUAUUGAAGAGAAAAAUAUUCAAAGCACAACAUCAAGAAAUCAACAUAGCUUAAGGAGUAGGAACCAUGAACAAGAACAAGGAAUGACUCCUGCCAUUCAAACUAGCCAAGAAGUUAACCCUUCAGUAAUGACACAAGACCAGAGUGAAGGUUCUAGAAAUGAGUUUCCCACUUUGAAGAAUACAUUGGGACAUACAGAUGAGACAAGUGAGCAAAAUCAUAUUUCAGAACUUGUUUUUACAACCAUUCCCAUUGUUAUUACUCCUGACCCUUUAGCAAAACUAUCCAAAAGCCACAUGAGCAGAGAGACAUCCACAAAAAUAGCAGCAUCAGAAACAACAGGAACAGAAAUGAGUGAAAUGGUCCCUCUGGUCUGCAUUACUUUUCCUGGAACUGAAUGUCCCAGGGAACCAUCCAUAGCCAAACAGGAUCUCUCAAAGAGAAAGAGUAUUCUUCAUAGCAAUAGCAACACCUUUCAUAGAUUUGCUCACCAAGAAAAUGAUAAGCGUAGGAUGAAGACCUAUAGGAAGAAAUUGGAUUCAAAGACAAAGAUGAAUAGCAAGACACCUCAGAGUACUACAAUUUCUAUUGAAGGUUCCAUCAAACCUACUGUUCAGAAAGCAAGUAUGAAAAGGCAAGUGUUUCCCACUUUAGGGCUUGAUGAGUCCAGACCCAGGCAAUCAACCAAGCUUCAGAGGAGAGGACCACACACAGGGGAGAAACCAUUAAACUUCCAUGCUUUGAAACCCCAAAGACAAGGAUUUCCUUGUAUCUGCAAAAAUUCUGAACCAAAAAAACCUACUGCUCCUGCUCCUGUUCCUCCAGCAAAAUCAAACUUUAAUUUUUUGGACCUGAAAUAUAGUGAUAUGUUCAAGGAAAUCAAUUCAACUGACAAAGGACCAGGAAUUUAUGAAAUGUUUGGGACUCCAGUAUAUUGUUAUGUCAGAGAAGCUGGGCGUCAGGAAAACAAAUUUUACAGGGAAACAAAUUCUGCUCCACCUGGAAGAUGUCUUUCAAACAAGUGUUGUUCCAUAAAUGAAAGAAAUGGCAAUGGCAGAGUAAGGAUUUCCCAGAAAAAGGGACAUCUAAAACCCCCAAAGACUUCUCUUGGCAUUAAACAAAAGCACAAAAAUUUAACUUCAAAAGAAAAAAUUCCCAAGUCUACAGCAGGAAUCAUAGAAAAUAUGCAAAAUGAUGAUAUAAUUUCAGAACCUGAUUGGCAUAUGAAAUCUUCAGGAAAUACUUCUCCCUCUUGUAAAGAUGGAGCUCAACCCCUUAAUUCCAUUCAGUCUCCAGAAGACCUUACUGCAUACCAAAACCAGAAUGAACCCACUUCUACCUCAGAUUUGUCCAGUAUGGAAAAAGAUUCUGUGGAACAAUCCGUAAGUCAUGAAGAUCAUUCUCCCAGUCAAAUACUUGCCACAAGCCUUAGAGAUCUACAUGAACUUGAAGAGAAACAUCAGACCAAAUCUAUAGCUUCAGUGAAUAUCUGGCUAAGGCCAAGUCAGGAGAAUGCCAUUGAGUCCGUAUUACAAAAAAGAUUAAAUAUAGAGACUCUUGAAAAUCUAAAAGUCAGUCAGACUCUUUCUGAAAUCCGAAGAUCUGACAGAGUUUCCAAUAAUCUUCAAACACCGAGUGCUUUCUCUUUCCCGGAAAGAUCAAAAAGUAUAUCUUCUCAGGUACCUCUAAACCAAAACUGGACAUAUUCAAUGGAAGAUAAUACUUUAGCAAAUAAGUCAGUUACAUAUCAGAAUUCUGAAAAAUCUUUAAGUGUUACAAGCUCAGUUUCUAUGGACUCUCUGGAAUCUGAAAAUAAUGAACAAGUGACAGAUGAAUUACUGGGUUGUCUAGCUGCAGAACUAUUAGCUCUUGAGGAAAAAGACAGUAAAUCCUGGCAAAUGGUGACAAACGACACAAAUUCUGAAACACAAAAUCCAACCAUCAGUGGAAGAGUAAAUUCCUUCCAAGACCUUGACAAAGAGACACCAAGAUUCAAAAUGCAGAAGUACAGUAAUAAUUUCUGGCUCUCUGAUGAUGAAAAGUCUUUAUUCAGUUUGAAUGAAAAGCCAUUUUCUGAAAACAGUUUAAAGCAUGAAGAGCCUAUUCUGUGGACCAAAGGUGAAAUCCUUGGGAAGGGCGCAUAUGGCACGGUAUACUGUGGUCUCACAAGUCAGGGCCAACUCAUAGCUGUGAAACAAGUAGCUUUGGAUACCUCUGAUCAAGUAGCUAAUGAGAGAGAAUAUCAGAAACUGCAAGAAGAAGUGGACUUGCUUAAGGUACUGAAACAUGUCAACAUUGUGGCUUACUUGGGCACAUGCUUGGAAAAGAACCUUGUAAGUAUUUUCAUGGAGUUUGUUCCUGGUGGCUCCAUUUCUAGUAUUAUAAGCCGUUUUGGACCCCUGCCUGAGAUGGUGAUCUCCAAAUACACCAAACAAAUUCUCCAAGGAGUAGCUUAUUUGCAUGAGAACUGUGUGGUACACAGAGAUAUCAAAGGGAAUAAUGUUAUGCUCAUGCCGACUGGAAUAAUAAAACUGAUUGACUUUGGAUGUGCCAGGCGUUUGGCCUAUGUGAGCUUGACAGGCACUCAUAGUGAAAUGCUUAAGUCUAUGCAUGGAACACCAUAUUGGAUGGCACCUGAAGUCAUCAAUGAAUCCGGCUAUGGAAGGAAGUCAGACAUCUGGAGUAUUGGCUGCACUGUAUUUGAGAUGGCCACUGGGAAACCACCUUUGGCUUCUAUGGACAGGAUGGCAGCAAUGUUUUACAUUGGCACUCAUAGAGGGCUAAUGCCUUCUUUACCAGACCAUUUUUCAGAAAAUGCAGCAGACUUUGUACGUGUUUGUUUAACCAGGGACCAGCAUGAUCGACCAUCUGCUCUGCAGCUCCUGGAGCACACUUUCCUUCAGAGGAGUCACUGAAUGGAUCUGGAGACACUCCACAGAAGUUCAUAUCUACAGAUGUUUAGUUGUUUCAAAACUACAGGAAAGGAAAAUUAAGGGUCAUGGAUUUUCUUGUUGGAAAUCCAAUCUAAUCCAAACUUAGCCAAAACCUUUUUGGUUGCAUCAACUGAAAAUGUUAUCAUCAUAGAAGAAUAUUCUCCCAUUUGUUCAGGGCUUCAUGGAUAUUUGAAGGCAUAUCACCUCAAGAGCCAGUUAAAUUUUCAGUGUGAGCAUUUGCAUCUCAGAAAUCUUCAAAUGCUAUAAAUGAGGACUGAUUUUAUUGAAUUUCUAGGUUUAAAAUAAUUGUGAAAAUGUUAAUAAUGUAGUUUAAAUUUAAAAUUGUCUCAUUUGGGGGGGGGAAAUAGAUUGUUAGACAUUUAUCAAUACAUCCCCUAAUUCCAUGUAUAUAUGCAAAUAUAUAUUGUUUUUGAAACCCAUUCUAAUAUUUCCAAUGUGCUUGUGGUUUGGAAGAUCUGAAAUGUGGUCUCAAUCUCUUGUGCUAUAAUUUAAACUCAUUUUGUUUCUAUGCUAUUGGUUUUCUUAUAAAAAUCCUAAUAUGGGGACACCUAGAUGGCACCGUGAGAACACUGGUGCUGGAGUCAGGACUCCGAGAUUUACCUGGUAUUGGGCCUGGGCCCGGACCCUAUCCACUGCACCACCUAACUGCUCCAGCCUCAGACACUUACAAGCUGGGUUAGUCAUUUAACCUUUAAAAACAAAACAAAAGUAAAAAUCCUAAUAGAAACCAUGAAAUUUUUAUUUACAUGUGGUGUAGAGGAGAAAAACAACAACAAACCUACCUCUUUAUUUUGUACUUGGAAAGAGAAAUAACAGAUAUUCAGAAGGGCGUGAAGUUGAGAAGUGUUAAAUACAAGUAAAUCAAGAGUGCUGUUCUGAAUUGCAGCCCCUGUUCUUUCCCCAUGGUUAGACCCUGUGGAGCUCAGUGACUCUGGCAGCCUGGCAUGGCAAAAUAAAAGGGUUUCUCAUUCAGCAGAGUACUGGUUCUUGAAGGUCUCACAUUAUCUGAUCAGAGCGAUCUGUAGCUUACUCCUUUAUAAAUCAUUUGUCAUGUCACUUGGACUCUCCACAUACAUACUGUGGAAGAAGGGAAGGCAGGCAACCCAGAGAUCAGGGCCAGGCAGUGAAAUGGGAGGAAUCAUUGGGUGUGGGCACUAAGCUGGAUAACGAGAAGGCAGAGGAAGAUAGAGAAAAAGGCUAGGGAAGUGAAAUGACACAUCACUGAAUGGGAAUAACUUUUUAUUUGAAUAAGGUAUCCAAUAAAAGGGUGUUAAUUAAGCUUACUUUCACAUGACAUAUAGAUCUGUAAACUAUAAACUUGCCUCAGAGGUCUAAUGAUACAUCACACACUAACCAACCUGGGUGAAGAGUAUUUUUUUUUUAAUUUAAAAUAUUUUUUAACUAGAAGAAAUCUCACAACAAUUAAGUGUGGAGACUACUCCCUGGAGUCAAGAAGACCCGAGUUCCAAUCCUGCUGAUGACACUUACUAGGGACAGGUCAUUAUAUUAAUAAUUUGAGGCAACUCUUUAAAAUUUACUUAUUAAAUAAUAAUUGGGUUUUGACUUGUGUUGGUAUGGUGCUAACUCUCUUGCCUUUUUCUAACGCCUUUUUCUCUGGCAAAGGGGUGACCUUGUUAGCAGGACUUGCAAAUCCUAACAAGUUGUAAAGACUUCAACUAGAACCUGGCAAUAGGGAGAGGAAGGGAGUAAACAUUAAGAUACUCUGCGCCAGAUUAUCUCAUUCAAUAAACUGCAUCAUUCCCCUAUGGAUUAAUUUAGCUAAAUUCAGAGGCCUACAAAUUUGAUUGUCAGGAGAUGAAUUUUUCUUGACCCCAGAAACUCACGAAGAUCUUUUACUAAGAUGAACAGUCAUGAUGAAAAUGAUAAGAACGAUAGACAACAUUUAUAUAGAACUUGAAGGUUUGGAACCACUGAACUUAGUGACUCGCUAAAGGUUGUAUGGCUAAAUGCAUACUUAUGGCAGGAGCAUAACUUAAAACUCUUAACACCAGCACUUUAUCCAUUAUGCCAUUUUUUUGACAUCAUGUGAGCUAUGCAUUUGUGUGUGCAUUUGUCUCCUUUCCAGAAUGUUCCAAUGAUUUAUCUCUUCAUUUUUCAGUCAAUAUGAUCUAGUUUUGAUGACUGCUACUUUAUAAUAUAGUUUGAGAUCUGGAAAUACUGUUCUCUUUUUUGUUUUUUCAUUGUAUCCCUUGAUAUUAUAGAUUUUUUAUUUUUCCAAAUGAUUUUUUUUGUUAUUGUGUGUUCUAUAAAGUAUUAGUUUGAUAAUUGGUACAACACCAAAAUUAUGAGUUAAUUUUGGUGGUAUUAUCAUUUUUAUUAUAUUAGCACAGCUCAAUCAUGAGCACUAAAUAUUCCUCUAAGUACUUAAGUUGUUCUUUAAGAAACAUUUUAUAAUUGCAUCUACCAAAGUAAUUUUGAAGUUUUGGUAAAUUGAUCCCCAAGCAUUUUACAGUUAUCUGAAAAAGAAUUAUUCUUUAUUAUUGUCUCUUUGGUGUUAUCAUACAGAAGAGUUGUUGAUUUUUUGAAGGUUUACAAUGUAGCCUGUGACUUUGCUCACUUUGUUUCAAUUAGUAUCUUUGCUGAUUCUCUGGCAUUUUCUAAGUAGAUCAUGCUAUGUAGGAAUAGUUUUAUGUCUUCUUUAUUUAUCUUUAUACCUUUAAUUUCUUUCUUCUUAUUGCUAUUGCUGGCAUUUGCAAAAAUAUAUCAAAAUAAUAAAAGGGUCAGAGGACUUUCUUGAUUUAUACCCAUUUAUUAGAUUAAGUUCUCUCCAAAGUAACUGCUUCUUGCUUUGGAUUCUUGUUAGUUCAGGGAAUUUCAGGAUAAACAACACUUGCAUAUAAAGACAGCUUUACCAAAUGUCAUUGCUACUCUUGCUAGCAGAGAUAAUCUUAAUGUGUGACCAUGAGCUACACUGGACAGCAUAUAUGAGUGAGUUGAGGUCUGUGUGGAUUUCAGUCACAGGCCCUGCAUCCUUUAACCUCAACAGUAGGCUAAUUUCUGAUCUAAUUUCAAUCUUAGCAUCAUCUUUCAGAAGCUCUAAGUUUGAGUUCUAUCCUUUGGGCCACUCUGGAAUUUCCUGCUGUAUUCCAUAGUUGCUUGGGUUUCUGUAGAAUUCUUUUUCACUUGAAGCAAGCUUCUUUCCAAGUAUGAUACUUAUUGAUUACAUCAUGGUCAGAUCUGUUUUUCUGUUUUCACAGCUGCUUACAGAAUUAAUGAAGAGGCAUAAUGGAUAUAGUGAUGGAAUUGAAGUCAACUAGACCUGAGUUCAAAAU